UGUUGCCGCCGCCGCGGGAGCCCGGGAGGGGAGCGGUCCCCCGGCCUCGUCGCCCGCUCUCCCGGAUUGGGAGGAAGAAGCGCCCUCACCAUGGCCACCAGCACCACGGGCUCCACGCUGCUGCAGCCCCUCAGCAACGCCGUGCGGCUGCCUGUCGACCAGGUCAACUUCGUGGUGUGCCAACUGUUUGCCCUGCUGGCGGCCGCCUGGUUCCGGACGUACCUGCACGCCAGCAAGACCAGCCCCUUCGUCAGGCACCUGGUGGCUACCUUCCUGGGCCUCUACCUGGCACUGUUCUGCUUUGGCUGGUAUGCCUUACAUUUUGUUAUCCAAAGUGGCAUCUCCUACUGUCUCAUGAUCAUCACAGGGGUGGAGAACAUGCACAAGUAUUGCUUUGUUUUUGCUUUGGGAUACCUCACAGUGUGCCAAAUCACCAGAGUCUACAUCUUUGACUAUGGACAGUACUCUGCUGACUUCUCAGGCCCAAUGAUGAUCAUUACCCAGAAGAUCACCAGUCUGGCAUUUGAGAUUCAUGAUGGAAUGUGUCGGAAAAAUGAAGAUUUGACUCCCUCUCAGAGGUGCUUGGCUGUAAGACGCAUGCCAAGCCCUCUGGAGCAUUUAAGUUACACCUGUAAUUUCAUGGGUAUCCUGGCAGGCCCGUUAUGCUCUUACAAAGACUAUAUUACUUUCAUUGAAGGCAGAUCAUACCAGCUGCUGCAGCCGGCAGCCAACGGGAAGGAGGACACAAAGCACCACCAAACGGAGCCCUCCCCCCACAUAGCUGUGGCACAGAAGCUCUUAGUCUGUGGCCUGUCCUUGCUCUUCCACAUGACCAUUACCCAAGCUCUGCCUGUGGAGUACAACAUUGAUGAGCACUUCAGAGCUACAGCUUCAUGGCCUGUGAGGUUUUUCUACCUGUACCUGUCUCUCAUGGCUGCCAGACCCAAGUAUUACUUUGCAUGGACUUUAGCAGACGCAAUUAACAACGCCGCAGGGUUUGGCUUCAGAGGCUACGAGCCGAGCGGGGCCGCGCGCUGGGACCUGGUCUCCAACCUGCGCAUCCAGCAGAUCGAGCUUUCCACAAGCUUCAAGAUGUUCCUUGACAACUGGAAUAUCCAAACAGCUCUUUGGCUUAAAAGAGUGUGCUAUGAGAGAGCCACCUUCAGCCCCACGAUCCAGACCUUCAUCCUCUCUGCCAUCUGGCACGGGGUGUACCCAGGCUACUAUUUAACCUUCCUCACAGGAGUGCUGAUGACACUGGCAGCACGAGCUAUCAGAAACAACAUCAGGCACUACUUUGUGGAGUCUCCUGCAGUCAAGGCCUGUUACGAUGUCGUCACGUGGGCCACAACUCAGGUAGCAAUCAGCUACACAGUGGUGCCCUUCGUGCUGCUCUCUGUCAGGCCCUCUCUCACCUUCUACAGCUCCUGCUAUUUCUGCCUCCAUGUUGGCAGCAUCCUGGUCCUGUUGGUUUUUCCACUGAAAAGAACUCAGAAAAGAAGUAAAAAGCAUGAAAGCCUCCAGGCAGCGUGGCCCAGGAAACUGGAAGAAGAAAGCCUCUUGCAAAAGAACAGUUAUUCCACCCCAAACAACAGCUGCAAGCAGAGCCAAGAGGUCAGCUGCAGACAGCAGGCCCUGCAGCAGUGAUGGGGCAGGCCGCGCCCCCUCGAUUUUGUAUGUUUUCAGAACAAAACCCAUUUUUAGCACCUUUUCAAGGGGUUUGUAUUUGUUUGCAAAGAUGUUUAGUAAGACAGGAAUGCAUUACCUAGGAAAAUCACCUCCACUAGCAAGACUGGCAACAGAAGCAGAUUAACCCCUCCCCUGCCAUGCCCCUGGGGGUCACGCCUUACCUGAAGAUGUUGAGCCAGCUCCACGGGCACUCGGGGCUCGCAGCGGACGCCCGUGGGGCCAGCAGCCCCGGGGGAUGCCUGUGGGUCACCUGUGUGCCCUCUGCUGAAUGUACCUUGUGUCAUCCCAAGGCGCUGAUGGGCUGGAGUCAAACGGUGUCCACCUAGGAGCAGCCGAUGGAAGGGGAGCGACUUGCCUUAAACCCUGGAGCUACCGACACAGUGUUUCUCAGUGGGGUGUUGCCAAGUCUGGCUUCAAAUGACCACACCGUGAGGAAGAAGAUGGAAAGCAGGGAGAGCGAAGGCCUGAGGAGGCUGUGGAGUCUUGGAAAGGGAAUUGCAAUAAAGCACCUCAGUGUUUGAAGGGUCUUCUUGAAAGGAUCUCAGACUGUUGCAGAACUGCAAACGUUCCUGAUGCCAAAUUUAUAGUUAGGGCUCUUUGAAGAGGUAAUUGCAGCCCUCCUGAGUGGGUUAAAGACUAAACACCUGAAGGUUCACCUUGUCCAGAGCUUCCUAGCUCCAGUCUAGGUUUGUUUCCUUUUUCAAUGUCAAGUACCUAAACCCAAAGCACUGCCAAGUGGGCUCUGCAGCUGGAGGAGGAAAGGCAGCCACGGGACACAGAAGGCAACGUGCAAGCAGCAGGACUUCAAUCAGUGCCUGGUUUUAACCUUGGGUACCAGGAGUGCUCGGUCUAGAAUAGAACUGGUUUACAAACAAAUGAUUUUUUAUUACCUGUUUGGAGUUUCCAGGCACCCAGUAGUUAGCUGCUGAAGCUGUCAGUACAAACCAGCAAAGCUGCCCUGUGCUGUGGCAGUCAGACCUUGCCCUGUGCCUGCUGAUUGGUGGCCCUGCAGCCAAAGAAGUCACCGAGUUCCAGGAGAGACUUUUGUCUCUGUCAGAGAUGCAGAGUUCACACAAUAGCUGUGGGUAAGAGCAUGCAAGCAAGCAGUCCUGCAGAGUGUCUGACUUCUGCUGGCCUCUGGAAGUGUGUGCCAGGAGUGCUGCAGUGGCUCUGUCUGCUCCAGGGCAGCGGUGGUGCUGCUGGGCCCUGCCAGGGUGCUGCUGCUGAAGGCCUCAUUGGGAUGGUUUCAGAUCCUGGGCUUUUGUACCUUUUGUUUCGAAGCAAACACAAACUCUUGAUCCACUUUAGGGUUUUUUUUAGCUUUAAAGCUGACACAAAGUACUUCUCUAGAAAAAUCCUGCAGCUUCUUGAUUGGUAACCUACAAAUGAAGGAGGAAAAUGUUGUCAUGGUUUGGAACUUGGAUUGUAAUUCAUAUCCCUGGCACUGGUUGGGACCAGAAGUGCAAGGAUGGGCCUCAGGUUUGGGGGUGCUUCAUAGUGGGGUCUAGAGACAGGCCAGGGGGGAAUGGUUUGAAGCAGGGUCAGACUGGAGCUGAGGAAGAAAUUCUU